CCCGCGCCGGCUUCUUUAGUGUGGGCUCUCGGCUGUGACAGCCGGGUGCCCAGUGCGCAUGCACGAGAAGCGCUGCGCUUUGUCCCAGAAGACACUGGACCAAUCACAAAGCGCAGCGCUUCUCGCGCAUGUGCACUGGGCACCCGGCUGUCAGCCGGGUCAGCAGUCUCUGGUCAUCCACUGCACUGUCCGCAGUCUCUGGUCAUCCCCUGCACUGUCCCCAGGCUCUUGGUCAUCCCCUGCACUGUCCGCAGGCUCUUGGUCAUCCCCUGCACUGUCCGCAGGCUCUUGGUCAUCCCCUGCACUGUCCGCAGGCUCUUGGUCAUCCCCUGCACUGUCCGCAGGCUCUUGGUCAUCCCCUGCACUGUCCGCAGUCUCUUGGUCAUCCCCUGCACUGUCCGCAGUCUCUUGGUCAUCCCCUGCACUGUCCGCAGUCUCUGGUCAUCCCCUG